GGCAGUUCCUUUCCCUGGGGAUUUCCUGCAUCUCACUCAACCUUCGUUUGUUUGCCUUGCUUAUAUACUAGCUUAUAGCUUGAACUAGCCUACUUGUUAUUUGGCUCACUCGCCGGCUGCUUGGCCAUUCACAUCCCCCUUUUUGCGCGUUGAAUCUACCUUAUUCUUUUGUCUCUCUUGUGUAGAGACCGGGGUUGGCCUAGCACCGUCCAGCGUGUUUUGCCGCAAGGUCGCCCUCACAAGGAAAAAGAGUCAAACGAAAAAGGGAGAGUAAGACAAAAACCAUCGCAAACAAACAGCAAUGCGCUCCCCAACCUUCCUCACUGCCCUCACGGCGUUGUUCCUGGCCCCGACCGCUGUUCUCGCAACACCGGUGGCGGCGGACCCGGUUCUGGGCGCCGUCGCAUCUGAGACGUCCGAAUGCUCGCGCAUCGGCGCGAACAUACUCAAGGCGGGCGGCAAUGCAGCCGACGCCAUGGUCAGCACGGUAAUCUGCGUCGGCACCAUCGCCAUGUACCACAGCGGAAUCGGCGGCGGUGGCUUUUUACUGGUGCGGUCCCCGAAAGGCGAAUACCAGUUUGUCGACUUUCGUGAGACGGCGCCUGCUGCUUCGUCUGAGGAUAUGUUUAAAAGUAAUGACACUGGAAGCACUAUAGGUGGGCUUGCAAGCGGCAUCCCAGGCGAGUUGCGCGGGCUCGGGUUCCUGCACAAACGCUACGGCAAACUGCCGUGGCGCGACCUGGUGGCCCCUUCAAUCAAGCUGGCCAGGGAUGGCUUUGUCGUCAACGCCGAUCUGGUGCGGUACAUGGAUAAAAUAGUCGACAAGCCGGGCGACGGCGGCAUCUUCGUAUCGGACCCGGCGUGGGCCGUCGAUUUCGCGCCCCACGGCCGCCGUGUGAAGCUCGGCGAGACGAUGACGAGGAAGCGCUACGCCAAAACCCUGGAGCGCAUCGCCAAAGAGGGGCCUGGUGUAUUUUACAGGGGCGACAUGGCCAAAGCCACCGUCAAAGCUCUCCGGGAUAGGGGCGGCAUUAUGACGCUCCAGGAUUUGUCCGACUAUAGAAUCAAACUUCGACACCCAGCGACUAUUGAUUACCGCGGGUACAAGUUGACGGCUACGUCGGCGCCGUCCGGUGGUGAUGUGGCCCUCAGCAUUCUCAAAAUCCUCGAAGGCUACAACGACAUUGGCAACCCCUCGGCCGUCAACCUGUCGGCGCACCGCCUUAACGAGGCCAUGCGAUUUGCGUACGCUCAACGCGCCAAGCUCGGCGACCCGGCCUUUGUGAAGGGAAUGCACAAAUUCCUGAAAGAUAUGCUGUCGCCCGCGACGGCCGCGCUGAUCCGCUCCAAAAUUUCAGAUGCUAAAACCGAGCAGGUGUCCUAUUAUAACCCUGAAGGGCUCGAGUCCCUCGAAACCCCCGGAACCUCUCACAUCUCCGUCGCCGACGCCAGCGGCAUGGCCGUAUCUUUAACGACUACUAUCAACACCUAUUUUGGCUCGCGUGUCAUGGUCCCUGAAACAGGCGUGGUUAUGAACAACAACAUGGACGAUUUUUCCAUCCCGGGCAAAUCCAACUACUUUGGCUACAUACCCAGCCAGGCCAAUUACAUCAAGCCGGGUAAACGCCCCCUAUCCUCCAUGUCCCCCAUGAUUGUGGAGGUGCACGGCGGUAAGAAGCCUUACUUUGUAGUCGGCGCCGCCGGUGGUAGCAGGAUCAUCACCAGUACGGUCCAAAAUGUCAUACAUGUCCUGGACGAGGGCAAAACGGCGCCGCAGGCCCUGGCUAUGCCGAGGAUGCACGACCAGCUGAUGCCAGCGGUGACGACGUUUGAGUGGGCCUACGACAAUGCCACGGUUCGGUAUCUUAAGGACCGGGGUCAUAACGUGUCUUGGGUGGCGCCAGGGGAGAGCACAGCCCAGGCGGUGCGGUUGUUGCCGAACGGAACAUUUGAGGCUGCUGGUGAGCCGAGACAGCUGAACUCGGGUGGGUUUGCCGUUUGA